GUCGUUUUGACAAAAGUGCGUCUGAUUGAGGCGUACAAAGCGCAGCACAAGCAACACGGCAUACCCUGGGGCCGCAGAGGCCGCACUUACGGGACACGCAAGAAGGCGCAGUCCGAAACGCCGCGUAGCGUGCGCAGUCAGCGCGACGAACACAGGAGCACUCUAGACGCAAAAUGCGGCGCGCCCUCGCCCUCCGGGGCCGCGCGGCCGCUGCGCAACGCACCGCACUCAAGUCCACGGUCGCCCGACCGACCGACGGCCCGCUCCAGCCGACGUCGGCCCCGCAGCUCAGCACCGCCGCCGGCGCGGCCGCGCCGCCGCCCUUCAACCGAGAACUGAGCACGGCCGCUCAUAGAAUGGAGGAACAGCCGAACUUCGCGUCCUUGAUAGAAGAUCUACAGAGGAAGGAGGCCAAGCACGUCUGGCACCCGAUGACGCAGCAGCGCUCCUGGUCCUGUGACGAAUCCAAGCCGCCCGCGGCCGUCCACUACGCGCACAACUCGACGCUCUACUCCUUAGAUGGGUCCACGAAGUUGGAUGCCAUGGGCGGCCUCUGGUGCGUCAACGUCGGGUACGGGCGCGAAGAGCUCGCGAGGGUCGCCUACGACGCCAUGGUUCAGCUCCCCUUCCUGUCGCCGGCGCACGGCUCCAUCCCCCAGAUCGAGCUCGCCACGAAAAUUUCCGAUUUACUGGAUUGGAGCGCGCCGGCGCACGCCUACUUCACGGCGUCCGGCUCUGAAGCGAACGAGGCUGCCUUCAAAAUUGCGAGGCAGUUCCACGCGGCGAACGUCGAGCAGGACCCGUCGGGACCUCUACGGUACAAGAUCAUUUCGCGCCACCGCGCCUACCACGGCAACACCGCGGGUGCUAUGGCGGCCACGGGCCAGGCGGAGCGGAAGAUCGGGUUCGGGCCGCAGCCGCCGGGCUACAUCAAGGUGGGGACGCCUUAUCCCUACCGCUCUAGAGAGACGGAAGCGCAGCACGGUCUCGAUUUGGCCGCAUCACUAGAUGAGACGAUCCGCAUGGAGGGCGCCGAGACCGUCGCGGCGUUCAUCUGCGAGCCGAUCACGUCCGGGGGAGGUGUCUUAGUCCCUCCAGAAAAUUAUUUGAAGGAGGUCCGCAAGGUCUGCGACGACCACGGCGUCUUACUCAUAUUGGAUGAAGUCGUGAGCGGUUUUGGAAGAACCGGCGCGAUGUUCGGGCACCACCACUACGGCGUAACUCCGGACAUCGUGACGCUCGCCAAGGGCCUGACUUCUGGGUACCAGCCCUUGGGCGCCUGCGUCGUUUCCGAUAGGGUGUUCGCGAACUUUCAUGACUGCCCGGACGCCGUGCACCAGGGCAAGGUCGCGUCGACGCUGCCGCCGCGGCUAGCGCACUUGCGGUCGAUCAAUACCUAUGGAGGGCACCCCGUCGCCUGUGCUGUGGGAUUGCGCAACAUCGAGAUCGUGGAGCGGGAGGGGCUGGUCGAGCGGGCGGCGGAGAUGGGCGCGUUCCUCAAGCGGACGUUGGAGGAGGCCAUCGGCGCGCACAAACACGUGGGCGAGGUGCGCGGCCGCGGCCUCUUGGUCGGCGUCGAGCUCGUCGCGGAUCGAGACACCAAGACGCCUUUAGAUGAUGACGCGUGCGGCGCCAUCGUGCGGCGCUGCGCGGACGCCGGCGUCGUCGUCGGCCGCAACGCGUCGACGGUGCCGGGCCUCGGCAACGUCCUCAUCCUGGCGCCGCCCUUCGUCAUCGAGGAGCACGAGUGCGCGCGCGUCGCCGAGACGCUCCGCGCGGCGCUCGACGCCUGAAUUCAUCACCACCCCCCCGCGAGGGCAAGCCGCGCGUUCUGCACGCAGCGCACAGCCGUUUCCCGCCGACCCUGUUUCCAUAAAGAAAUGCACAUA